AUGAUACGAUCUAAUUGGAGCUUGGCGAAGGAAGUUCGUCAGCAUGAGCUGAAGCAGAAGCAGAAGAUACAGCAGCGGCAGAAACACCAGCAUAUGCUAGAUAAACUCACCAAAAUCGACCCAAUCCGACUUUACUUCCAGAUAGAAAAGCUUGAAGGGGACAAGAGCGAUGAGAAACGUCUUAAGCUGCUACAAGAAGACUGGAAGUUCAUAAGAAAGCACAAACUCCAUGAGAAAAAGCUCUCGGAGUUUCUUGAACAGCAAAAGCAAAAGAAGGAGAAAAGAGAAAGAGCUCAGAAUAAGCUUUGGGGAAAGCAGAGUAUAUACUUUAAUCCUGAAUUGAACCCCUUGGGAAAAGUACCGAGAGAUUCACAAGGGAAACCCUUUUCCAAUUUGACAAUCCCCUUGAAAAAGAAAACAAAAUUUCCCUCCGAUCCUCUUAUAGAACAGCUUGGCGUGACAUUGCCAGAAGGAGAGCCACCGCAAUUUUAUAAGAAGCCACAGAAUAUCACCAUAGAUAAGAAGCCCAAUGAAUCGAAUACGGAAGAGAAGAAGGGAUCAAAACCUAAAGCUGAUAUACCCCGCCACACGGCUUUAGAUACGGACAGUGAAAAUGGCGAGGGAUUUUCAUCAGAGGAUGAGCUCCCAACGAAGAAACUACGAAUGGAAUGA